AUGGCAUCGCCUGUGCGGCUGCACAGUUCCAAGGUCUCUGCGCCGGCUUCUCUGCAGCAACUGCCGCCCAUCCACUUUAUCCUGCUCCACGGCUUUCUCAGCCAUGGCAACUCCUUCUUAUCACUGGCGCAGCAACUCCAAAAACAAUGCGCUGCUGAAUUACCGGGUCAGCGCGUGGAGGCAUUUACGAUUGACUGCCGCAACCACGGACGCUCCCCUCACACACUGACGCACAGACUCGAUGAACUGGUGCUUGAUCUUCAGGCGUGGCUGAAGCACGAAAGUUAUGAUUCCGCGCACAGUGCCGCACCACCAACAGUGGUGGCCGUCGGGCAUAGCAUGGGCGCCUUGACGUGGACGAAAUAUCUGAUGGACCAACAACAACAACAACCGAAGCGGCAGCAUGAUGCAGAGAGGCGUGCACAAGUUGCCAUUGCUGGUUUGGUGAGCUUGGAUAUGCCUCCUCUUACGAAGAGGUUGCUUCCUCCUUCCCUCGAAGCGGAGCUGCACGAAUACAUACACCUCAUGAAGAGCGUGAACUUGUCAGCUAUAAAGGAUAUGCGCUCGGCAGAAGUGGAGUUUGUGCGGUGCGGCAUCGAAGACAAGCGUGUGCGUGGUUUCUUUACGACAAAUCUCAAUAUAGUUCGUACGGGUAGUCGUGCGAAUCCUCGUGUAUCGUGGCGGUGCAACAUCCCCGUACUAGAGGAAAGCUUGCGCCAGCGUUCUGUUUUCCUACCUGACGCCUUCCCUCAACUGUGUGCGCGAUGCCGUAUCGAGGUUCCUGUCCUGUCCAUCUUGGGAGGGGCGUCUCCAGUGGGUGGCAGCAAUAAAUACCGCGGGCUAUGGCCCAACUGCGCGACGGUUGUGGAGGAGCACGUGCUGCCUAAUGCCGGACACAAUUUGUUCUACGACGAUGUGGAAGGGACGGUGCGGCUCGUGGUGGGAUUUGCAAGACGAUUGGGCAUCCAACAUGGGCCGCAGGUGUGA